AUGCAUCUCCUUACAGAAUUCACCAUUGUUCGACAUGCCUCUCGCCUCUUCUCUUCAUUUCAACCAUCACCGAGCGCUACACCCUCACCAUUGUUGGCAGCCUCUGGGCAAGUAAACACUUCCACUCGAAACCCUUAAACUUGUCGGCGAGCAAGGCGCCAUUGCAGCCAUGACCGGUUCCCCACCUCCCCCAAAGGCAGAAGCUAACAUGCAGAUUGUCCCAGAACUUGAGAGCCUAAACAGAUCCGUUUGCAGAGCCCACAGUUCUCGUCGCACCGCCUCCCUCGUUCUCCCCUGCUUCUCCGGUGCAACCCCGCCCGUUGACGAUGAGCCUCGACUCGUCGGAGAAGCUGCUCGGUCAGACCGCCACAACCGCUCCUCCGGCCAUCCCUUUUGUGGAAAAUCCCAGCAGGACCAUGAAGGAGAUGAUACUGACGGCGGCCGCCAUCACACGCCCGUCGGCGAACCUGGGCCCGAAGAGAAGCGGGGGAUAUGGAGCUGGAAGCCGAUUCGUGCUUUGGCCCGCAUCACCAUGCAUAGGUUGUUAUGCCUGUUCUCCGUCGAGGUCAUUGCGAUCCACCACCUGCCUGUCUCGGUGGACGGGCUGCGUCUCUCGGUUGUCGUCCGCAAGAAGGAGACCAGGGACGGCGCUGUGAAGACGAUGCCCUCCCGGGCGCUGCAAGGGACUGCUGACUUCCAGGAGACUUUGUUCAUCCCAUCCCACCUCUACUGCAGCGGUGGUGCGGGCACAGGGAAGCCCCUCAAGUUCGAGUCCCGCCUGUUCCUAAUCUCAACAGUGGCAGUUGAUGCUCCUCAGCUUGAUCUCGGAACGAGCAUUGUUGACUUGAGCUCAAUGGUCAAAGAGUCCAUUCAGAAGAACUUGGAGGGACAACGUAUCCGGCAAUGGGGGAAGGACUUCCCGCUAUCAGGGAAGGCUAAAGGGGGAGAAAUGGUUCUCAAGUUGGCAUUCCAAAUCAUGGACGAUGGAGGUUUUGGGAUUUAUAACCAGGCAGAGACAAUAAGAACAAACAGGGAGAAGGAUCCCGAUUUUGUUGUCUCAUGGAAACAACCAAGAUCUUCUUUCAGUGAUGCAAACCCAAGAACAAUGAUAGAAGACCCAUCUCUCAUACCUUCAGACGACAAUACUUCCAUGAGAAGAUCGGCGGCAACUGACGAGCUCGCCCUUCAGGGUCAUGAUCUCAACCCUCCAGUCUCUCCGGUACUGCAAAAGACUAAGUCAGACCGUCUGGAAGUAGGUGAUGACCUUCCAAACUACGAAGUUAUCGAUAAGGGAAUCGAGGUCGUAAAACAGGUGGUGCACCGCCGUGCUCAACAGAGGAGGCUAAAAGAGCUUCGUCCAGUUACUAGAGAGUUCGAAGCUCUUGACUCCGUGGUGACGGAGGAUGUUGUUGGUCUGGCAAAGACAACUCAAGAACACAAACUCCAGAGAUUGGAUCCCGAGGAGGAAGCGGUGAUAAAGGAGUUCCUUCGAUUUCUCAAGUUUGAAGACAGUGAAGGGUCGAAAUGUGAUGUCGUGGACCUCAUUACUUGCUCAAAUUUGGGAUCAAAAGAGGAUGCCAGGAAUGAUGGGGAAAGCGUUCUCCUUUCAGAUCUUGGAAAAAGCUUAGGCCCUGUAGUUCAGACAAGGAACGGAGGCUACUUAGCUUCCAUGAAUCCCUGCAAUGUGCUGGCGCCAAGAAAAGAGACGCCGAAACUUGCCAUGCAGAUUUCUAGAGAGUUAAUCCUCGAGGAGAAGAACCUGGAAAGUGAGUUUGAAGUGUUCCGAAAGCUGGCUGCGAUGGGAUCAGAAAAGAUGGGUUCCAAAAUACUCUCCCUGGUAGCCAUGGACGAACUGUUUGGCAAAACAGCAGGGCAGAUCGCGAUUGAGGGAGUUGCGUCCGCCAUAAUAAGCGGCAGGAACAAGGAAGGAGCAAGCUCCAGUGCGGCCAGGACAAUCACAACAGUUAAGAAGAUGGCAGCAGCAAUGAACGAGGGAAGGAAGGAGAGAAUCUCGACAGGAAUCUGGAAUGCGAACGAGAAACCAGUCACUGUGGACGAGAUCUUGAGCUUGUCAUUGCAGAAGAUGGAGGCCAUGGCAGUUGACGCACUCAAAAUCCAGGUAGAGAUGACAGAAGAAGAAGAAGCUCACUUCGAUGCUGCCCCUCUUAUGGAAUCUAAUGACUCCAGCAACCCACUGGAAUCGGCCAUUUCACCUGAGGAUUGGUCCAGAGCCUGCAGUGCAAAGGAUAAUGUCAUGAUGUUAGUGGUGGUUCAGCUGAGAGAUCCAUCAAGGAGUUAUGAAGCAGUCGGAGCUCCCAUGAUAGUUGUGGUGAAAGCGGUAGCAUCGGAUGAUGGACAAGGAAACAACGAUAGGAGGUUUAAGUUGACGAGUCUUCAUGUAGGAGGUCUUAAGUUGAGCUCCAACAGAAAGAGUGUAGGCGACGGGGAGAAGCAGAGAUCGACUGCCAUGCAAUGGCUUGCAGAGAACGGGCUGGCGAAGGCAGGGAGAAGAACAAAGCGGACGCAAGCAAAGAGGAGCCAAGAUGUGGUCUGGAGCAUAUCUUCGAGGUGCUCAGCGGGCAUAUGGCUCUUGCCUGUUCGCAACCCAAAUGUGAAGGUUCUGGCAACAGCGGCGGGCAGUGGCUCGGAAUAGUCAACGAUCAAACCAAUAAUAAGCUCGCGAACCACAUCAUUGCAGUAGAAUUCGACACAAGGAAGAGCUACCCCCAGGAUCUCGAUGACAACCAUAUCGGCCUCGAUGUCAACGGUAUCAUAUCCAAAGCUCAGUUGUCGUUUGGAUCUACUAAUAUUAACAUUUCAAGUGGCUCUGAUAUAGUAGUCAACCUCCAAUUUGAUGCCAUAUCAAACUUGGUUAAAGUUAAAGCUUCCACGUUCAACGAAACAGUGCGGGGAACCUAUAUUUUUUACUUUUUGUCCUAUGUUGAUCUGUCAAAUUAUCUAUCGGAGGAUGUUUGGGUGGGAUUCUCUGCAUCCACCGGCAAUCUCACUCAACUGAAUCAGAUAAAGUCAUGGUAUUUCAGAACCAUCGACGUCGACAUGACAUGAACGGAGCAGUUCAUGUGGUUGCUUGCAAUGCUGAUUCUGUUGCCUGUUGCUGCUGCUUGCUUAUAAUGGUGGAAGAAAAGGAUGAUAGUGAUAUCAGAUAAAGAUUUCCUCGAACUGUACGAGGAAAUCUAAGGAAAAUCCUUCCUUCCCACGUGUAUAAAUAAGAUAUUGUACUGUACUAGUUUAUCAA